GCACGCCUCAUCAACCCACAAACGAUCGAUCAACACGCCGAUCAAUCUCGCAGCUGCAUCAUGGCGUCUAGUACCAGGCUUGCUCCCCUCGUCCUCUUGAUCGCCGUCCUCGCCGCGGCGGCGCUCGCCCCCUCGGCGUCGGCGGCCGGGACGGAGAACUGCCGGGACACGCUGGGCGGCCUGCUGGCGUGCCACGCGUUCAUGUACGAGGGCGCGCCGGCGGCCUCGCCCGCGUGCUGCGACGCCUACAGCGCCGCCUUCAACGCCGACCCCUUCUGCCUCUGCUACAUCGCCAACGGCGUCUACGGCCGCUCCACCGGCUACGACGUCAACGUCACCCACGCCCUCGAGAUCCCCACCAGCUGCGGCCAGGUCCAGCCGCCCAUCCAGCUCUGCGACAUGCAAGGAGUGGUGCUUCCUCCCUACGAGCCGGAGUCUGAACCCAUGGCCUCGUCGCCGGCGGCGCAGCCACCUUCAGCAGGUUCGGUAGAUCCACCACGGUCGUCUCCUGCGGCGCCGUCGUCGACUUUCCCGCCACCACCACCAACAACAACCUCCGGCAGUGCUCGAUCGUCGGCACAGAUGGCCCUCGUGCUCUUCACCGUUGCUGCCGGCAUGAUGGCGGCUGUGGCCUGAAGAUGGGAAUUGGAGCCAUGAUAAGCUAGGAUAUCAGGACUUGCAAAAUAGCUAGGAGUAUUAGCUGCAGAUUGAAAUUUACAUAUAUGUUGUUCGCAACAUGUAAUUAUGUAAUAGACUAAAUAUAUAGGAUAUUUUUCCUUU